GCCAAAAUGCGUUCCAAACAACAGCCACGGCCUUCAUAUCGGUGGAUUGAUAAGGACGAAAAUGAUGACGCCGAAGAGGAAAGUGCUCACAAUGUAGAGGACAAGGAUUUGCUACAUUCUGGUUCAACUAGUCCAUCAGAAUCAUCAUUUUCGGUGAAGUCAAUCGAAAACACAAAUCUAGGCCAAAUACUUACGCCCACAUUGGCAGCCUUAGCUGCGGCUUCUGCUACCACGCCAUCAGCAUUAACAGCAACGACGACGAUAAAUCGAAUUGAUGCACUUGAACAUACCGUUGCCUUGAGUCCUGCACCCCUUUCACACACUAUUACUGAGCCUUCAUCAGCGGCAACCUUAGCGCCAUUAUCGUCGUCAUCAUCAUCAUCACUUCUUCCAGCAUCCUUUUUGACGUCAUCAACGAUUCCGGGCAGCAGUAGUGGCUGCAAUACAGACAAUUCCUAUCCAGCGGCAAGUGUAGAGACAAUCGUUGGAAGCGCUUCCGUCCCAAGUACAACCCCUUAUGUGGCAACACUUUCAUCGGCUUUAUCCAGAGCGAAAUCAGUUGAUUCCCAGAUACAACCGAAACAUAAAACUACGAUUACACCCUCUUCACCACCAGUAAAUAUAACGGAGGCAUCGGAAUUCUACCCACCUGUAGUCUCCGACUCUAUCGAUAGUAGUAAUAGUGCCUGUGCCUCGACGUCCAACUUGAUUGAUUCCCAUGAUGACUUGGAGCAGAGCAUCCCAGCUAUUCGCAUCCACCAUCAACAGCAGCACCAGCAGCAAACCCCGUCCUUUGUUGAUUCGCAGCAAACCCGAUAUCGAGAGGAGCAUCCACGGGAGCGACUAGGUCCCAGUGCAGAACGGUAA